GCGUCGCACGGGAAGUCUUUUCUGAAUGCGUCUCUCCUUUGGUGACAUCGCAGCGGCGCGCUGCUAACUUUGAGCAAAAUCUUCUUGAUAUCUGACAAGUUAAAGUUCACAUUUGGUCACGUCCGCCUGCCAGACGAUGCAGUCCGAUACGCUGUUGCAUGUCGCUAAUUUCAGCACGCUGUUUGUGUGCAUGGUGCUGAAGUUCCCGCAGAUUUUUGUACUGAUGAGAGCGAAAUCAACGACGGGAGUCAGCCUCAACAGCCUCCUCCUCGAGUUGAUCGGGUUCAUUGUUUUUGUUACGUACCAGAUGUACUAUGACUACCCACCUCCAACAUACCUGGAGUAUCCAAUUCUCAUUGCCCAAGAUGUCAUUCUUCUGCUGCUGAUUCUUCACUACAACGGCAGCCUGCGGCAGAGCCUCAUCUACACCUUGGUGUUUGUCGGAGGUUGGAGGCUCCUCACUGUGGAGAAGUGGAUCAUAGAUUUGGCUAUGAGCCUGUGCACAUUCAUCAGUGCAGCCAGUAAAUUUGCCCAGCUCCAGUGCCUGUGGAGGUCCAAGGACUCUGGGCAGGUUAGCGCCCUCUCCUGGGCUAUGGCUACCUACACAUGCAUAGCACGGAUUUACACCACCACAGUGACAACUGGAGACAUGCAGGUUCUGGUGCGGUUCAUCGUCAUGACUCUGCUCAACAUGUGGGUGCUUCUCACUGUGCUCUACUACCAGAGACACCGCAGCAGGUCCAAGAAAGAAGAAUAAGCUUUAAAGUUGGAUCCUAAAGGCUCACUGGCUGUUCUGUAAACCUGCAAUUCAUUCAUGUGUCUGCCAGCUCUGUUCACCAGAGAUUACUGGGUUAUUGUGGACACAGCCAGGACUGAAAACCAAAACUGACAGGUAACAACGGUUAUGAGGCAGCUUUUGUAAUACUGACCCCUUUAAAUGUUUUUACCUCCGUAUUAAACCCACACAUUUCUUUUAAUAACAUUCCAGUGACUGCACAUCUGCUACAAGUUGUAGUGAGAGCAGAGACCAAGGAAGUUUCAUACUGUAUGAGGGGAAAAAAAUGUAGUGUCAUUAGAUAGGACAGCACAAGCCAAGCAUAUAUGAGAUCUUCCUACUCAGGACAAGAAAUACUGUAUUUUGAAAAGCUUUUUAUAAGUGUAAAGUUCAAAACAAUUUUAAUAAAGCAAACAUUCUAGCUUCUUA